AUGGAGAACGUUUCUGUGUCCAAGGGGGUAUUUGCCUGCAAAGGAAGUUACACAAUUGGGAAGAAGAAAAAGAAAGCGCAAUGCCCGGCGUACCUUAAUGAACCCUGGUAUAUCGCGUAUAACGAAACGUGGGGAUAUAUCGAACAGGCUACGGAGAAUGUCAGAUCGAAAAUGUUUCAACAAGUUAUAUCCAAUUUGGAGUUUUUCGUGUCGAAAAUAAAAGCGACUCCAUUGAAUGUAUCGUCCCACGAAAUAGCCACGGCCAUUUUGUUAACAGGAGUGAAUGUUCCCGAUCACACAACACUUUUCGACACGAUAGUAUCCAAACUUAAUAAAGUAACGCCGCAUUUGGCAGUGGUUUGGAGCAGAAAUUGUAACAGCGUGAAAAACAUCAUCGAAGACGCUGUAUAUCAAUUCACUCAUCAGAAUAUAAAUAAAUCGGAAUCGGACGAUGUUCCCGAAGUGCGUAAGAGUCAAUGCACCAUGCGCGUCUUGAAAAAAUUGUUUGCGGAACAUUACGAUCCGGAGGAUCCUCUAACUAUAAUUCUACCGGAUUUCGAAAGCUUCUCCACCAAUGUAUUACACGACUUUAUCCUGGUGUUGAGUUCGUACAGAAGUACUUUGAAGUUCGUACUCAUUUUUGGUGUCGCGACCACAUUGCACGCCGUACAUAAGUCAUUGACAUAUGACGUCACAUCGAAGUUAGUUGUACAGGUAUUCUAUACGCAGACGCAAGUCAAAACACUAUCCGAUGUAUUGGAGAGCACUGUUUUUUCUACAAAGAUUCCAUUUAAAUUAAUCGGUCGUGCGUUCCAAUUGUUGACUGACAUUUUUUUGUUUUACGAUUUUUCGGUAGACAACUUUUUACAGAAUUACAAGAUAUGCAUGAUACAACAUUUUUACGAGAACAAUGUGAGCUCUCUUUGUUGUCAACCUAAAGACAUUAAGGAGAGAAUAUCUAAACUCACCGAUGAAAACAUCGUGGACAUUAAAAGUUUACCAUCUAUCGCUAAAUAUUUGAAAGCGUCCAAUGAAGCGGCGAAUGGAGAUAAAGAGCUCAGCGAUAAAGAAUUCAUGGUAUUGUUGGAACAAUUAUUAAAUAAAUUUCACAAAUUUAUGGAUCGAUUUUUAAUCGUUUUGAGAUGUUUGCACUGCCUGAUUGCUUCAUUACCAGGCUCGCCUAUGGGUAAACAGUUACGGGAAGUUUAUACCAAAGCGGUUUACACGAACGAUCUGACAGAGUCCUCCGAGUACAAAGAGUGUCUGAAAUUACUGGGAUUUUUAUCGAAGGAGGACCUACUCUCGAAACUCGAAUCUGUCGUGAAAAUUGUCGAGGAAUCCAAAGAUUCGGAAAUUACGAAAAUUAAGGUCAAUCUCAACAAUCACAUCAAGACGAUUCGAGAAGCUAGUUUAAGCACCACAGCGACUUCUGAAAUUAUCAGUGUGGAAGAGAAACUUAGUCGCCUGCAACUAAAGGAGAAAUUGCUCAAAAUGAGUCAGCAACAGUCGCGUUCCGCUUACAAGCAGGCGCAGCUUGACCUGAUCGAUUACUUGGACCAAAAAGUGUUCUCCGUUCAUCUGAUCGAUCCGAGUCGCGUGACGGCUCACGAGAUAUUUUGCUACAGCGACGGGAAUCAGGCGAAGCAUCAUAUUCGCGGCUCUUUGCGGGCUGCCAUACACACGGGAUUGAGCGAUCCGCAGAUGUACUUGGACUGCGACUGCUGCAAAUUGGAAAACGACGACGACAUUCCGCGCACGCUCCCCGACCUGAGUAUAAUUUAUAAGCUACAUUUGGAGUCCAGGAAGCUGAUCAAUAUGUACGACUGGCUGCAGGCAUUCCUGACGAUCGAGGAUCCGCAGGCCCAAUGUACGGAGCAACGCAACGUGGAUCCGCGACUGCAAGCUCGGUUUACUCAAGCGGUCGCCGCUCUACAGUUCCUCGGCUUCAUCAAGACUUCUCGAAGGAAGACGGAUCAUGUACAGCGACUUACGUAACAAUAAUAUCGCUGUUUGAUUGUUUGCUUAGUUUGUCCGCAUGGUUUGUUAUGUAUGCUUUUGAAUUAUUCUGUUUUUGUACGAUUUUUAUUAAUUAAUAAAUUAACAUGGACAUAUUUAAA